CGCGGCUUAAACUUUGUUUUCGCUUUACUCUCUUCCAUCUCUACCACAGCUGCCGUCCCAACUCUACUUUAUUUUGCUACCACGCGCAAUAUCAAUGAAGUUCAAUUUAAAGAAGGCCUGCUGAGAGGCGAUAUACUGUCGUCCGAUUUCACAGGCACUCAAACCACGACUCAACAAAAACAAUCUGGUUGGAUUUAUUAUGUCUACACUGGCGGGAUCGAGAGCCAGUUUGUCCUCGAGAACGGCGCCAAAGAGCAAUGGCGAGCGGCUGGCAAGAUUCCAUACGAGAGUAUUAUAGCAUGGCAAAUCCAUUAUGGACCCGGUAAAUACUACAGCCAACUAAAUGAUAAGAGUAUAGCUGCCAGAGAAAGGUUCAGGGCAAUGUUUGUCGAUUUUACUCGGUAG